AUUUUGCAACGUGUGAAAAAUAGAUAACAACUUUUUCAAAAAAAUUGUAACAGAUUUCGAGUUCUCAAUUCUGUUAGAAAUUUUUGAGCGACUCUUAAAUAUGCCAAGAAACUUAUAUGGAAUGUAUGAAACGUAAUUUCAAUUCUGAGGUAUUUUUAAAAUGAAAAAUUGUGCAUCACAGCCAUGAUCAUCUCAGUACGUCUUACAUGGAGUAAAAUGUUUUCGUUUGAAGUAACAUUCAUUGCCGGACUUUUUAUUUUUGAUCAAUGUUUAAGCACUAUAGUGAGAGAUGAUUACUCGAGCGCAACAGGUACAGUGGAGAGUCUCAACAAUGAAGUAAUAAAUAUCCAUUCGAAUUCUAUCGAUCAGGAGGGAGAAUGGCCCUCGGAGAAUUUUCCAGAGAAAAAAAAGAAGGAAUGGACUAUGCCAAGUUUUCCAGAUGAAUCGCACCAGCAUCGUUUCCUUUUCGCUGACAGAAAUGAUAUGUUUACUGUGGAUGUGCAAUGUGACGAUGCAAAAACAAAUCUAACUUUGGACUUGCAAGAUUUAGAUAUUAGUACAAUCUGUUUUACGAAGACAUUCCUUCCCCAUGCUAGUGUGGCUCCACUUCUUCAUGAAGAUUUGAUUCCCAAGACAUAUUUUCCUCCGCAUAUGUGUAUGGAAACAUCAAUAGAAUAUCCAGAUCCUAUGAUUACAUUUGGUGCUCAUAGACCUUUAUGGGGUCGGUACGGAGAAUACGAAUAUUUACCAAAACAGCGUUGGAUGCAUAAUCUCGAACAUGGCGCUGUGGUAAUGUUAUACCAUCCUUGUGCCCAUCCCCUGGUUGUAGAUCAAUUACGAAAACUAGUCACUUCGUGUUUAAGAAGACACAUCAUAACUCCGUAUGCUCAUUUACCUGUCGAACGACCGUUGGCCCUCUAUGCUUGGGGAAAAUACUUAAGCAUGAGUGUUGUUGAUUACGAUACCGUGACGAAGUUUAUUAAACAAAACGCCCUACAAGGUCCAGAAGACAUAGCAACUGAUGGAAAAUAUGAUCAUUUAUUGCUCAAAGGUGCCGAGCAUGUUUCUUACCCAAGUGACUCUGUAAUUUGUCCUCCUCUUCCUACUUUCCCUAGGGAUUAAAAUACGAAUACAUUCCUAGAUGAAAAUCUCUUCUCUUCCAAAGAUUUGAAAUUGAAAUUCCAUUUUUUUUUUUUGUUUUUUAAUAACUUGUUGCAUUUUAUAUUGUACUUACAUUCGAUGUACUUAUUCUAAGUCGACCUGUUUUAUGUAUUAUUUUAUUUUCAACGUGCUUUUUUGUGAUUUUUUUCGUUGUCAGAUUAUGAUAUAAUGAAUUAGGUACGUGUUGUUAUAAAUUCGCGGUAUUACGAAUAUGUAGUAUAUUACCUUACGGCGUUACGGCCAUGGGCUAGCAAUUAAUUUUUUUUACACUGAUUUUACAAGAAUCUGAAAUUUGGAUUGUUCAUGGAUUUUGUUGGAAAAUCCAAAAAACUAAAAUCUAUUUCCCUAAAAGAACUAGUUUAAAUUCCGGAUUUUAGGUACCUAUUUCUGGGAUUGAAAUUUGGAUGGUUUUCUCUCUUUUCAAAAAUGAUUGUCAACAGAAACAACUUCGAAUGCACCACGAUCGACAAUUUUUUUUCAUCAUCAUCGUUAGAUGAUGUUUUUCACCGAAAUUCUUCACGUCUCUCACAUCCGCUAAAUCUUCUGAUUUCUCUUAUUGGAAAAGAAAUCAGUUUAUUUCAACUCAGAGAGAUAGAGUUGAAAGAAUUUCGGUUGAAAACAUAAGAUUUGAAAAUUUAGCAUACUUAAGUAAAGUCCAAAAUCCAUUCCCAAAAGCUGCCAACCUAGCAGAUUGUGGAUUUUCAAUAAUCCAGAUUUAAUCCAUUCACAAUCUGGGAAAACGAACAACCAGAUUUUCAGAAACCGAUUUUGGAUUCCUAAAUCAAACAAAAUUUUGAAGGAUUUUUACAAUUCAUAAGUAUGUAAUCCAGAUUGUGCAAAAUCCGCGUAAAAAAAAAUACCAUAGGUAGGUACUUAUUAUGGUUUAAUAUCGGUACUUGAAUUUAAUUUUUGAUUUCUUUUGUUUGCCUGUUCCUCUAUGAAAUAAAAAAUAUUCAUUUUUGUAA